GGGUGUGUUGGACGGAAUUGAAUGAGCAGCCAUAACAACAGAAACCGGAAAACGGGAUAUGUGUGUGUGUAUGUGUGUGUGUGUGUGUGCGUAUGGGUAGUGAGCGUAUUAUGUGCUGUGCAACAAGCGACAGAGAAAAGUAUAAAAAAGAAAAGGGCAAAUCUGCUGGGAAGUGUAUGAGCUGCUUUCCAAAGAAGAUAGCUCGGUAUUUCAUUGGUUGCCCUGUUCCUUUUUUUCUUUAACCUUGCUGGGUUCCCUUUGGCUCCUUUCUCGCUUUCUCUCUGUCUCGUUUCACCCAUUACUUUUCUUUUCUUUUACUCAUGAGUCGCCAAGGUGCUGCCGGUAAAUUCCGCAUUCAGCCUGCUGUUCAAGACGGCUACGGUGCUUUCCGAGCAAAUGAUCAAGCGCCAGCCAUUAAAACUUUGCGCUGCGUGUUUUGCGACCAGGAAAAGCAGCUCGAUGCGUUCUCCAAAACUCAAGUGGCCAAAGCAACUCACAACCCCUACGCCCCACCCGGAUGGAACAAAAAGCAAAAGACUGUCACUUGCAAACAGUGCACGGCCAAGCAAUCUGCAACGCUGCAGUGCAUGACGUGCACCUUAAAGAAGCCGCUCGAACAGUUUGCCAAGAACCAACGUAAACAUGCUGAAAGAGCGCGUUGCCUCAAGUGCAUGGCAAAGCGUGAAGAAGAAGACAUGAACGAUUCGGACCCUGACUAUUCGUCCGAUGAGGAUGGACCAUCACACGAAACAUGGCACGACAUCAUGUGAAAAGAAAAGACAGUCAAAAAACAUGCAUACGGCACUUCUUUCAUCUUUAACUCGCAACAAUAAUCAAUAACAAGAUCAACACUCGACCUUUGUGCUUCUUAUACAUAAUGUCUGAACCCUCCUUUUCUUCUUUUGUUGACUUUGAUUAUGCAUUCUUCAUAUACCAGCCUCAAACCAUUGCAUUUCAUAUUUGAAGAAAGAGGUUUAUCAGUGGCCUCUCUUUUCUUUUCUUUUCUUUCCAUAAAUAUAAGCAAAUAAAACAGUGAUAGCAGCUGUAGCAUUGUUGACUUUUGUAGAAACAAAC